UAGUCUCUUUCUAGUACACUUUUGAGUUAUCCAGAUUUAAAUUGACAGUCAUGAGUAUCAACCAACAACAAGCGAUUGCUCAUACCGUUAAUGCUAUUGGUGGUACUGUAUUUGUCACUCAACCUGCCAAGUCCGUUGAGUCGUCAUUUACUUCCGUCUUGCCGCAAGCAACCACUUUAGUCAACUCGAAUGAUCCAUUUACCAUCAUUCAAGAAUACCUUGACCAAGCUCAAGACAACAACGAAUUCGUCACUGUUGCCACUGACGGUGUCACCCUUUUCAACAGUUUGCCACACUUGUCAUCGUCUGCUUUCAAAUCAAACAAGGUUGUUGCCCAUGUUGAAUUAAACAACUUUGACUUUGCUAUUGUUACCUCAUUAAGAGAUUUGCAUUUCCCAGUUUUGGUUUCCCAAACUGCCAACGAAGCUUCCAAGUUUGCUACUGUUGCUUACAACUUGAGUGAAAACUUAAAUACUUUUGUGUUCCACUUUUUUGCUCCAACCACUUACUUGGUUAACGAAUCAGUCAAAUUACCUUCAGAAAUAUUGCUUGAAUCCGUCCAAGAUUACUCAGUUGAACACAUCAUAUCGCACUAUGAAGUUAAACCAUUUGAAAUUGUCAACAAGGUUGCCAAACAAAAGGAUACUAUCUUGUACUUGGGUCAAUUAAGUGAUGCCUUGGUUGAAGCUGCCACUAAAGCUGAUGCAUUAUUAAUCAGUAUCAAAUUAUAUCAACCAUUCCAAUUAGCUCAAUUGCUCAAGAUUAUUCCUUCAUCCGUUGAAACCCUCACUAUUGUUCAACAAACAACCACCCCAUUUGCUUCCUUCUCCCCAGUAUUGCUUGACUUUUUCCAACAAUAUCCAGAAUAUCAAACUUUAAAGACCUUCACCAAGAUCGUCUCUGCUACUUUUGGAUACAUCAAGUCAGAAGGAUAUCAACAAGCAAUCAACAACUUGUUGGCCAACGUCAGAUCAGAAUCCACCGUGCAAAACUUGUCCUUCGGUAAGGUCAACACUGAAUUGGCUACCAAGUCUUCCAAGAAACAACAAGAUGAUCUUGCUGGUGCCGUAGCUGAAGCUCACUCCUUGGAACAAGCCUAUUUGAAAGUUUUACAACAAGUUAACCCAGAUAACUUGAACGUGUUGAAUGAAUUCCAAGCCGAAAACAUUGGUCUCGAAACCAAUCCUGAAUUCGGGUUCGGUUCUUUCUUGUAUGACCAAGAACAAAGAGAAAACUUGAUUUCCUUGGUCCAAAAUGCUGUCAAGAAGAACCAAUUCAAGUCUGGUAAUGACACCAAGUUGAUUGAAUUGUUAUCUACUUGGUUAGUUCAAGUUAGAGAAGUUGGUGUUGUUGAAGCCAAAUUAUCUCAAGAAAUUGUUGCCUUAUUGGAAACCGACAAGACUUCCACUAUUGCUCGUGAGUUAUUGGCCUUGAGCCAAUAUUUCAGCCAAGAAAAGAACUGGUUGAUUGGUUCCGAUGCCUGGGCUUACGAUUUGGGUUCUUCUGGUGUUCACAAUGUUAUCACUUCCGGCAAGAACAUCAACAUGUUGAUCAUUGAUUCUGAACCAUAUGCUGAAAAGAACCAAGAAAAGACCAUCAACGGAUUCAGAAAGAAAGACGUUGGAUUGUAUGCCAUGAACUAUGGUGGAUGUUAUGUUGCCUCUGUUGCCAUUUACUCGUCAUACACUCAAGUCUUGCAAGCAUUCCUUGAAGCUGAAAAGUUCCAAGGUCCAUCUAUUGUCUUGGCUUACUUGCCAUACAAGAAGGAAUCUGAUGACGCUUUAGCUGUCUUACAAGAAACCAAGAAGGCUGUUGAUAGCGGUUACUGGCCAUUAUACAGAUAUGAUCCAACCAUUGAAAAUGAAGCUGAUAUUUUCAAAUUAGAUUCUUCCAACUUGAGAAAACAAUUGCAAGAUUUCUUGGAAAGAGAAAACAGAUUGACUUUGUUGGCUACUAAGGAUCCACUUUUGUCCAGAAACUUGACUGCUACUGCCAACACUGAAGCUAAGGCACAACAAAAGAAGAUUGCUGAUGAAUCAUUUGCUAAGUUGUUACAAGGAUUAAGUGGUCCUCCAUUGACUGUUGCUUUUGCUUCUGAUGGUGGUAAUGCCGAAGCUGUCGCCAAGAAGAUCAACAGACAAGCCUUAGGUAGAGGAUUAAAAUCUACUGUUUUACAAAUGGAUGAUAUUGCCGUUGAAGACUUGCCUACUGAAACCAACAUUGUCUUUGUCACCUCUACUUCUGGUCAAGGUGAAUUCCCAACCAAUGGUAAACAAUUCUGGGAUGGUAUUAAGAACUCGGUUGAUUUAGAUUUAGCCAGUGUUAAAUUCUCUGUUUUCGGUUUGGGUGAUUCUCAAUAUUGGCCAAGAAAGGAAGACAAGCACUACUAUAACAAGCCAGCCAAGGACUUGUGGGCUAAAUUAAAACUUUAUGGUGGUGUUGAAUUAGCUGAUAUAGGUUUAGGUGACGAUCAAGAUGCCGAUGGAUUCUCAACUGGAUUCAAUGAAUGGAUUGAAAAGAUCUGGGCUGCUUUAGGUGUUGACAAUGUUGAAGGUGUUGAAGAACCAAAGCCAAUAACCAAUGAAGACAUGAAGCUCGGUUCUAAUUAUCUUAGAGGUACUAUUGUGGAAGGGUUGAAUGAUCAAUCUACUGGUGCUAUUUCUGCUGUAGAUCAACAAUUGACCAAGUUCCAUGGUAUUUAUAUGCAAGAUGACCGUGAUAUCAGAGAUGACCGUAAAGCUCAAGGUUUAGAGCCAGCCUAUGCGUUCAUGGUUCGUGCUAGAUUGCCAGGUGGUAUUGCCACUCCUAAACAAUACUUGAGAUUGGAUGAAUUGUCUGAUGUUAGAGGUAAUGGUACUUUGAAAUUAACUACCAGAGCCACUUUCCAAUUACACGGUGUUGUUAAACAUAACUUAAAGCCAUCCAUUAGAGGUAUGAAUUCCGUUUUGAUGGAUACUUUGGCUGCUUGUGGUGAUGUCAACAGAAACGUUAUGGUUUCUGCUUUACCUCACAAUGCUAAGAUCCAUACCCAAGUUUCUCAAGUUGGUGCUUUGAUUUCUGAACAUUUGUUACCUAGAACCACUGCCUAUCACGAAAUUUGGUUACAAGGUGAAGAUGACGGGGAUAAGCCAGGUGACAGUGCCAACUGGGAAAACAGAAAGGAAGGUCCAGCCAAGAAGAAGACUUUGGUCGCUGGUAAUGCUUUGGAAGAUUUUGAACCAAUGUAUGGUAAGGUUUACUUGCCAAGAAAGUUCAAGGUUGUCAUCACUGUUCCUCCAUACAAUGAUGUAGAUGUCUAUGCCCAUGAUAUCGGUUUGAUUGCCAUUGUUGAAGACAACGAAGUUGUUGGUUUCAAUGUUUUAGUCGGUGGUGGUAUGGGUUCUACUCAUAACAACAAGAAGACUUACCCAAGAACUGGUUCUAUGUUUGGUUACGUUGCUAAGGACCAAAUCCAUCUUGUCUGUGAAAAGAUUAUGUUGGUUCAAAGAGAUUUCGGUGACAGAACUAACAGAAAGCACGCUAGAUUGAAGUACACCAUUGAUGAUUUAGGUGUUGAUGUAUACAAGAGUAAGGUUGAAGAAUUAUUGGGUUGGAAGUUUGCUGAACCUCGUGAAUUCAAGAUUGAAUCCAACGUUGAUUACUUUGGAUGGUGUAAGGAUGAAUUAGGGUUCAACCAUUUCACUGCAUUUAUUGAAAAUGGUAGAAUUGAAGAUACUGCUGAAUUACCACAAAAGACUGGGUUAAAGAAGAUUGCACAAUUCUUGGAAACUAAGAAAUCUGGUGAAUUUAGAUUAACUGGUAACCAACAUCUUGUUAUUUCUAACAUUGAUGAUGCCGACUUGAAUGUUGUCAAGUCAUUAUUAGCUAAAUACAAGUUAGACAAUACUGAUUUCUCCGCUUUGAGAUUAUCAUCUGCUGCUUGUGUCGCUUUCCCAACCUGUGGUUUAGCCAUGGCUGAAUCUGAAAGAUACUUGCCAGUAUUGAUCUCCAAGUUAGAAUUAGCCUUGGAAGAAUACGGAUUAAGACAUGAUUCUGUGGUUAUGAGAAUGACUGGUUGUCCAAAUGGUUGUGCUAGACCAUGGUUGGCUGAAGUUGCUUUAGUUGGAAAAGCUUAUGGUGCAUACAACUUGUUAUUGGGUGGUGGCCACCAUGGUCAAAGAUUGAACAAGAUUUACAGAUAUUCCAUCAAGGAAGAUGAAAUCUUGGAUAUUUUGAAACCAUUGUUCAAGAGAUGGAGUUUGGAAAGAGAAGAUGGAGAACCAUUUGGUGAUUGGUGUAUUAGAGCUGGUAUCAUUAAGGAAACCACUGAAGGUAAAUACUUCCAUGAUGAUAUUCCUGAAGAUGCUUAGGUUGUUUGCUAUUGGACUUGGCGGUUUAUAGAUAGUUUUACAGCUUAUUUUUAUUUUGUACUUUAUUAUUGGAUAUAUUAUACACGUAAGUUAUUUGAAUCAUGAUACUGUAUAGUGAUAUUAUAAUUGUUAACCACUUUUGGUGCUUGGUUCCCAAAACACCAUCGUAGCAUUGCUUCUCCUGUUGAUGCGUGACUGUGCCUUCUUGGAGGGGGUGCGGGAGGAGGAGAGGAAGACUAGGCGAAUAUGCUUGCUAGAAGCUAUCUAUUUCUCACAUCAUCAUACACCUGAAUGGUAUCGAACAGGUCAAGACUAUCUCAUGUCACGAAAGCUUUCUCUCUUCAUAUCUUGAAUAUCUCUAAGCAAGGUCUUGGCCACCAAUCUCUUCUUUCUCUCUAGUUGUAACACGUCUUUAAUCUUAACGUCCCAAAGAGUAACGCUGAUUCCGUUCAAUCGACGUAGAAGUUUCUGACGAGUGGCAUUGGCCUGCUUGUGUAUUUUGUCUUCCAUUUCCCGGUCCACCUUUUGCAUUUGUGCUUGGAGAUGUCGUAUUAGCAACUCCUUCUCUUUCUUUGUGUAUCCCAUGGCUGUUCUAUGAUUGUAUUAUGGGGGCUAUAGUUGUCUGAAUGAAAUCAAAACAUGAAUACUGU